AUGCCAGCUACUUCACCCACUGCGGUGCGCCCUUCAAAAUACACCACAUCUCCCCUGAAUAAGGACAGUCUUGGAAGACAGGGCGCGUCAACGGCAUCAUCCACAACAAACCGAUCAAGCAUGUAUGGUGCCAUGUCGAUAGCAGUGAAGGAACAAAUUCAAACAUUACAAAAUUCAUCCGAGGCUAAAAAGAAGACACUUCCACAACGACCUACAACUCCUUAUGGAAGUAAAAAUGUUAUAGAGGGAAAUAAAGCUGUCUCUAAAAAAAUAAUAAGAAGAGAGGAAUCCCCACCGGCCUCACCUCGUUCCAGACCUGUUACUCCUCAUGAAAUUCAAUCACGUAGGCCUGUUACCCCAAGUAUCUCAAGGGAAAAAAGACCAACAGGUGGUAUUUUAAAGAAGAAACUUCAAGAUACUACCCCAAAAACUCCCAUACCACGUUCCGUUUCUCCUUCUGCCUCCGUUUCUGCUCAUACUUCUUCUCAUCAAGCUUCAGCUCAUCGUCGAUCUCAUGAACGUGUUGUUGUUUCUCCUGAUAAAUCUUUAUUGGAAGAAAACAGGAAGCUAAAACGUCAAGUUGCUGAUUAUGAAGAAAGGUUAUUAGAGAAGGAAAAUGAAUACUUGGAAGCUUCUGAUAUUAUUGAAGCUUUAUCCCAACGUGUUGAAAAAUUAGAACGUGAAAAUAAAUCAUUACGUGAACAAGUAGCAUCAUCUGACUCAACUUCAAAACUUUUAUCUGGUAUAUCAAACAAUUUACAACGUGUUCGUGGUGAUUCUCCUAUUACUGCUUCGAUAUCUCCAUCUCCGACCCCUGAUUUAAUUAACCCUUCUUCUAAAUCUGAAGUUCUACCUUCCAUUGCCCCAAAAACUACUUCACCACCUUCCGUUGGUAAAACUACUAUAAAUAAUUCUGAUGAUGUUAAAGAGGAACCUCAUAUUAUUACUCCAACAAUUGCAAAAAUUUUAGAUCCUGUUAAUUCUAUUAGAUCUCACCCAAAAACUUUAGAUAAAACUAUGAAUCAUAAUUUAUCUCCUUUCUCAUCUAGACAAUCAGGAAUUGCUGGUAAACAGGAUCUUCAAUAUGCAAAAAGGGCCGUGGCUGUUAGGGAUGUUAUAAUGGAAGAUUCUGAUGAAAGUGAAAUUGAUGAAUUCGACCCAAAAACUUAUAAUACUGAUAAUAAUGUAUCCGAUAAUCAAAUUGAUUCCGAUAAUGAAGAAGAUAUCGAUGAAAUCGGACUUCCACAAGGCAAUUUGAAUCUAGUUGGCCGUAACGUUAAACAUGAUCAUCAUGAAGUUUCUGAUAGUAAUGAUGAUGAAUUGACCAAUGAAAAUCAACGUGCCUCUACUCCAAAAGAAGCUGAUGUUGAAAAAAAGCUUUCACCACGCGGUCUUCGCCGUCCCAAUAUUAUUGUUGAACAAUUCGAUGAUUCUGCCUCCGGUAAAAAGGUUAACGGUAAUGUUUCAAACCUAACACAACAACGAUCUCAACCUCGUUCACCUUUUUUAUCGACAUCUAAAGAUCAUCUUUCACCAACAUAUUCACAUCUUCAUCCUCAUCGUGAUUCUAUGUCUUCUGUAACUUCUGAUUCCUCUGACGAUUCCGGUUUAUCAAAAAUUGAUUCUUAUUCAUCUCCUAUUACAUCUUCUUCUACCACUUGUACCGAUAAUGAAAAUGGAAUUUCAGUUUCAAGUCCUCAUUCUGGUCAAUCAUCAACUAUCACUAGUUCUAUAAAUAAAUCUAAAAUCAAUGUCUUAAAUGCUUUAAAUUCUCGACCUAAAAACCCUGUUCUGGCUUCUAAAUUUAACUCGGAUACUUCUUCUGAUGAACGAUGUCCAACACCGGUUCCCGCUUCCCAAAAAAAUACUUCAUCUGGUCGCAACGUUAAUAAUGGUUAUACUCCUUCUCGCCUUUCAUCCCAACCUUCUUCAACUGCUGCUCGUCCUGCUGCAGUUGAUUCUAAUCGAUCUUCAUCACCAUUUCCAGCACGACCUUCACCUAAUUCUGGAAACCCCAAUAAAAAUGGCUUGGCUCGUCAAGUCAUUUCUGAAUCAAAAAAUAGGUCAUCAUCACCACUUAUAAAACAAGUUACAAGUAAUCGUCCUUCAACUCCUGCCCGUGCACAAUCACCUGCUUUAACAUCACGUGCUUCGACUCCUACUUCUCGUCGUAGUCGACUUAAUGAAAAUGUUGAUCCUUCUAUUCCACCUCCACCACCUCCACCAACUUCCGAUGAUCCUUUUACAACUUUACAACAUUAUCUCCGUUUGAUUGCUGAUAACAGCAUCAUGGAUAACCCUCUUAAAUUUUAUGAUCUUCAAAAAGUUAUUGAUGAGGGUUCAUCUGCUAAAGUCUAUACAGCCUAUCCAUUAUCUUCUAUUAAUGAAGAAGUUGCUGUAAAGAUUAUCCCUCUUACAUAUUCUUUGGAAUUUAUUUUCAAUGAGAUUUAUGUCCUCAAAAAUCUCAAACAUAAGAAUAUUGUUGAUUAUAAACAAAGUUACUUAAGAUGGGAUGGUAAAAUUCGGGAGGUGUGGAUUGCAAUGGAAAAAUGUGCUCGUGGUGAUGUAACUAGUCGUGCUGGUAAAAUUACCCCACGAGAAGUUAGUCGAGUUACUGGAGAGCUUUUGAAAGCCUUAAAACAUUUACAUGCUCAUGGUAUUAUACAUCGUGACCUUAAACUCUCCAAUAUCUUGGCUGGUGCUAAUAAUGAAAUUAAAUUAGCUGAUUUUGGUAUCGCCUCAUUGACACCUACAUCAACAACUUCCAUGGUUGGAACGAUUCCAUACAUGGCACCUGACGUUGUUCUCGUUUCAGCUGAUCGACCUUAUGACACCAAAGUCGAUAUUUGGUCAUUAGGUAUUUGUGUCUUAGAACUUUUAACUGGAAAGGCUGCUUGGGGACGUACAAGCGACGAAGAAAUUAUGAAUAAAUUACGUAACGGUGAAAAACCUUAUGGAUUUCAACGUUUACGUAGUAAGAAGGAUGAUAUUGGUAUCGGAUGGGAAGCUAUCGAUUUCCUGGAGAAAUGCUUCACUAGAACCGGUGAUGCUAGGUGGUCGGCUGAAAAAUUGUUGGAUUUUCCAACAAUUAUCCCCCUUCCAAAACAUCCUUCUUUACGAGUGGUCCUUUACGGCAAAAAUAACAUUUUUGCCAUUAACCCAUAG